GUUUUGAGAUUGACACAUGAUACCAUUGUCACAUGUCACAACGACUUGUUUGCACUGUUUGCAGACGAAAUACAAAAAUCACGACUGGGAUAAGAUAUCAUACAAAACAUUCGGGAUUGAGUAAAGUGGCAAAUAGGAACGUUGCGAGUGGUUGAACAGAACAGCUUAAAAAGGUCCAUGUCUUCGAUCUAAUUGUAGUUAGAUUACAAUGUCGGUGCAAAACAUACCAGGCAACAUAAUGCAGCAGCAGAAUAUAGUCCUUAACCAGGUACCAAUGUCUCAUGCGAUACUCACUAAUGUUAAUGCAAGCAAUGGUUUACCUGUUAUGACACAUACAACUUCGGCAGAACAGAAUACGGAGCUCAAAACCGCUGGGAUACCAAUGGAAACAGUUGGAGCCUCGAAUAUGGCAGCUGUUCAAAACGUCUCUGUGACAAAUACGACACAUAUGAAAAGUGUAGCACCACAAAAUACCAGUUCUUCAGAACCUAUCCAAGUUCUCACAAAACAGAGGCUUCAUGAUCUUGUGAGGGAGACUGACCAAACUUUGAAUUUGGAAGAAGAGGUGGAGGAAAUUAUUUUGAGCUAUGUUGAUGAAUUUGUGGAUAGAGUGUUGAAUGGCGCCUCAAUGAUAGCAAAGAACAGACACGCUAAUACAAUCGAGGUGAAAGAUGUACAACAGUUCCUCAACAGAAACUACAAUAUGUGGGUGCCUGGCUUUGGAACGGACGAAUUGAAACCGUAUAAACGUAGCUUGACCACUGAAGCACAUAAACAGAGAUUGGCGCUUAUUAGAAAAACGUUGAAGAAAUACUAGGUGAUUUGAGAUGGAGGAAGGAAAGGUGAUAUAUGUAUUCAUAUGGAAUUUGUCAUAAUGUAUCAACUUGAGCAGAAAAGCUUUUACUAUUAAGAAUUAGAUGAUUUGUAUAAAAGGUACCGAAAAAUAAUAUGCAUAGUUGUACACUGCUGGAAAUUAAUCUUUUUGUUUUCCAGUGUAAGCAUUAUUCUGUAAUGCAAUUGGGGAACAGAAAAACUAUAGCGCCAUCCAAAAAUCAAUUGCAUUUUAUUAAUUCACUAUAACAAUAAAAACAUCAGUAAAUUACA